GCCCACCCAGCAGGACGAUCCAGAAGCACUGCCAUGGAAGGAGUUUCCCCGCAGCUCCCGGAAAGCGCCCCUGGGAGAUGGUCCUCCCCGUGUGACCUGCCUGGUGGUAACUUCCCCGGGGCACCACGAGGACCGCGCCCGACACCAGGGGGCAGCUUGGAAGGACCCCCGACCGCCCACUCCUUGCCCGAACACCCUUUUCCUCUCCUCCGCCGCCCACCCUGACCUCCCCAACGUUAUACUCUCCAACUACUCGGGGUACGAGGACCUGUGGGGCAAAGUGCUGCACGGGCUGAGGGCGGUGGACCCGGCCUCGGCGCACUGGUUCCUCAAGACCGACGACGACACCUUCCUCCUCUACCCUCACCUCCUCGACCUCCUCGGCGAGUUCGACUCCUCCAGGCCGCUUUUCCUCGGGCUUCCGUUGGUGUUUUACAUCACACCAUGUCAAGACGACUGCUUUGUCACCAUCGAGGAUUCAGAUCUUGUGUCGUUCAAGUUUUCUUUAUGGGAAUAA